UUGAAGUGGUGAUGAGCAGCCUAAACUGACAGUUGACAGGCAGAAAACAAAAAUGGUGUUCAGCGUUUUCCUGCUUAAAUAAGAGGACUGUUGAAAAUAGGACUCGGGGGAUUACUUUUCACAAAGAGACCUUCAUGGAGCUUCCAGAGGAUUUGAACCAGGUGGAGCUGCUGAACUCGCACGGCCACCUGAUUCCCCGAGGGGCCAGCAGCCUGUGGACUGGGAGUAAGGAUGAGGAUGAGGAUGAGGAGGAGCAGGCCCACAGUGAGGAGUGGUGUCUACACAAAGAAGAAACUCUGAAAGACAAACCAGCAGAGCUCAUUCUGUGGGCCGCAGGAAACAACCGUCUGUCCACCAUGGCCAGGCUGUUAGCAGCAGACGCCUCACUGGUGCACAGCCGUGACGAGGACGCUUACACGCCGCUACACCGCGCAGCCUACGGCGGCCACGUGGACGCCGCCUCCGCCCUGCUCGCCGCCGGCUCCAAGGUGAACCCCCGCACCGUGGACGGCUGGACGCCGCUGCACAGCGCCUGCCGCUGGGCCCGAGUCGGCGUGGCGACCUUGCUCCUGCAGCGCGGCGCCCGCGUCAACGCGCAGACCAACGGCGGGCUGACGGCGCUGCACCUGGCGGCCUCCCACGGCGGCGGCGCCUCCGCGGCAGACUGGCGUUGCACUCUAGAGCUGCUCUUGUCGCAGCGGCAACUCAAGGCGGGACUUCGCAGCAGCAGCGGGGAGACCGCCGCUGAGCUGGCUCGACGCAGCGGCCCCUUUCACUUCCUGUUUGAGAUGGUGGAGGACUGUGUGCAUGCUGUCCCACCUGUGUGACAUCACUUCCUGUUUGAGAUGGUGGAGGACUGUGUGCUUGCUGUCCCACCUGUGUGACGUCACUUCCUGUUUGAGAUGGUGGAGGACUGUGUGCUUGCUGUCCCACCUGUGUGACAUCACUUCCUGUUUGAGAUGGAGGACUGUGUGCUUGCUGUCCCACCUGUGUGACGUCACUUCCUCUCUGAGAUAGUGGAGGACUGUGUGCUUGCUGUCCCACCUGUGUGACGUCACUUCCUGUUUGUGAUGGAGGACUGUGUGCUUGCUGUCCCACCUGUGUGACGUCACUUCCUGUUUGAGAUGGUGGAGGACUGUGUGCUUGCUGUCCACCUGUGUGACGUCACUUCCUGUUUGAGAUGGAGGACUGUGUGCUUGCUGUCCCACCUGUGUGACAUCACUUCCUGUUUGAGAUGGAUGACUGUGUGCUUGCUGUCCCACCUGUGUGAUGUCACUUCCUGUUUGAGAUGGAGGACUGUGUGCUUGCUGUCCCACCUGUGUGACAUCACUUCCUGUUUGAGAUGGAUGACUGUGUGCUUGCUGUCCCACCUGUGUGAUGUCACUUCCUGUUUGAGAUGGAGGACUGUGUGCUUGCUGUCCCACCUGUGUGACGUCACUUCCUGUUUGUGAUGGAGGACUGUGUGCUUGCUGUCCCACCUGUGUGACAUCACUUCCUGUUUGAGAUGGUGGAGGACUGUAUGCUUGCUGUCCCACCUGUGUGACGUCACUUCCUGUUUGAGAUGGAGGACUGUGUGCUUGCUGUCCCACCUGUGUGACGUCAUUUCCUGUUUGAGAUGGUGGAGGACUGUGUGCUUGCUGUCCCACCUGUGUGACGUCACUUCCUGUUUGAGAUGGUGGAGGACUGUGUGCUUGCUGUCCCACCUGUGUGACAUCACUUCCUGUUUGAGAUGGAGGACUGUGUGCUUGCUGUCCCACCUGUGUGACGUCACUUCCUGUUUGUGAUGGAGGACUGUGUGCUUGCUGUCCCACCUGUGUGACGUCACUUCCUGUUUGAGAUGGUGGAGGACUGUGUGCUUGCUGUCCCACCUGUGUGACGUCACUUCCUGUUUGAGAUGGAGGACUGUGUGCUUGCUGUCCCACCUGUGUGACGUCACUUCCUGUUUGAGAUGGAGGACUGUGUGCUUGCUGUCCCACCUGUGUGACAUCACUUCCUGUUUGAGAUGGAUGACUGUGUGCUUGCUGUCCCACCUGUGUGAUGUCACUUCCUGUUUGAGAUGGAGGACUGUGUGCUUGCUGUCCCACCUAUGUGACGUCACUUCCUGUUUGUGAUGGAGGACUGUGUGCUUGCUGUCCCACCUGUGUGACGUCAUUUCCUGUUUGUGAUGGAGGACUGUGUGCUUGCUGUCCCACCUGUGUGACAUCACUUCCUGUUUGAGAUGGUGGAGGACUGUGUGCUUGCUGUCCCACCUGUGUGACGUCACUUCCUGUUUGAGAUGGAUGACUGUGUGCUUGCUGUCCCACCUGUGUGACGUCACUUCCUGUUUGAGAUGGAGGACUGUGUGAUUGCUGUCCCACCUGUGUGACGUCACUUCCUGUCUGAGAUGGUGGAGGACUGUGUGCUUGCUGUCCCACCUGUGUGACGUCACUUCCUGUUUGUGAUGGAGGACUGUGUGAUUGCUGUCCCACCUGUGUGACAUCACUUCCUGUUUGAGAUGGUGGAGGACUGUGUGCUUGCUGUCCCACCUGUGUGACAUCACUUCCUGUUUGAGAUGGUGGAGGACUGUGUGCUUGCUGUCCCACCUGUGUGACAUCACUUCCUGUUUGAGAUGGAGGACUGUGUGCUUGCUGUCCCACCUGUGUGACGUCACUUCCUGUCUGAGAUAGUGGAGGACUGUGUGCUUGCUGUCCCACCUGUGUGACGUCACUUCCUGUUUGUGAUGGAGGACUGUGUGCUUGCUGUCCCACCUGUGUGACGUCACUUCCUGUUUGAGAUGGUGGAGGACUGUGUGCAUGCUGUCCCACCUGUGUGACGUCACUUCCUGUUUGAGAUGGAUGACUGUGUGCUUGCUGUCCCACCUGUGUGACGUCACUUCCUGUUUGAGAUGGAGGACUGUGUGAUUGCUGUCCCACCUGUGUGACGUCACUUCCUGUCUGAGAUGGUGGAGGACUGUGUGCUUGCUGUCCCACCUGUGUGACGUCACUUCCUGUUUGUGAUGGAGGACUGUGUGAUUGCUGUCCCACCUGUGUGAAAUCACUUCCUGUUUGAGAUGGUGGAGGACUGUGUGCUUGCUGUCCCACCUGUGUGACAUCACUUCCUGUUUGAGAUGGUGGAGGACUGUGUGCUUGCUGUCCCACCUGUGUGACAUCACUUCCUGUUUGAGAUGGAGGACUGUGUGCUUGCUGUCCCACCUGUGUGACGUCACUUCCUGUCUGAGAUAGUGGAGGACUGUGUGCUUGCUGUCCCACCUGUGUGACGUCACUUCCUGUUUGUGAUGGAGGACUGUGUGCUUGCUGUCCCACCUGUGUGACGUCACUUCCUGUUUGAGAUGGAGGACUGUGUGCUUGCUGUCCCACCUGUGUGACGUCACUUCCUGUUUGAGAUGGAGGACUGUGUGCUUGCUGUCCCACCUGUGUGACGUCACUUCCUGUUUGAGAUGGUGGAGGACUGUGUGAUUGCUGUCCCACCUGUGUGACAUCACUUCCUGUUUGAGAUGGAGGACUGUGUGCUUGCUGUCCCACCUGUGUGACAUCACUUCCUUUUUGGGGCAGGUGGUAGCUGGAGCCUAUCCCAGCUGACUUGGGGCAAGAGGCAGGGUCCCCCCCCCCCGACCCAGACUGUCACAGGUAGCAAAAAGAAUCGAUUCACAUCUGAAUCACGAUUCUUAUUUAUCCCGAUUCUAUAGCUACUCACAAUUUUAAAAAAAAAAUCAUUAA